AUGCCCAUAUUAGUCCUCGUGUUGCGGAACAACCCGAAUCAACUCAGUAAACCAAUACCAAGCUUCGGGAAACGUGGAGUAGGUACCUAUGCUAGUGAACUACCUAUGAGGUGGCGCGAGAAUGACCCGGCUUUAACUCAACUCAAUUGCGCGACAAUAGGGUCCACACUCCCCGUCUCCGUUUAUAUUGAUGGGGAAUUGAUUCAUCUCCGUCUGCGUGGCGCACAGUUUAAUGCAACAAAAACCUUUCCAUCGACGACAGAGCUUCUGGUACAUCUUCGGUUGCUAAAAGUUAGAGAUACCAAUACCCAAUCCGAAGAAAAUUGGACACCUGGAAAGAAACCGACAAAGAUACACCCCACGUCAGCACAACAAUACUGCAUCGCAAGCAUAGCCAAUGCAGAGAUGAUCACAUGGACCAAGCUUGGGGGUAAUGCCGUGACAGUGCUGUAA